UUAAGCGGCACUCUGUUUAUAUCGGCCAGCAGAAGUGGUUGUGAGGACAUUUAAACAUUACCUGUGGCGCACAAACACCUCGUUACCAAUCGCAGGUAAAAAUACAUCACCUGCCUCAAUAACGGGAGAGUGUUUUCUAUAUGGCAAACACAGAAUAAACAGUGCUGUUCAUUAAACAUAUAUAGUCGUGUGUGUAUCGGGGACUACGACAUAUUAUAACAUAGUGUUGGUAACAUCGCCAGGUGGAUAAAUACAGACCUCAGGAUUGAACAUCCCAGACAGGAAACUCAGAGAAGAGAAAAUGCGGCUCGCAAAGAAAAAACAUGCUGAAGAGAAGGAUGAUCCUACGGUCAUAUUGGCUCUGGACAUCAAAAAGAUAUGGAAAUCUCUGGAGGAGUUUUCUAUACCGAGUGAUGCUUGGCGAAGAGUUGAGGACUUUGCCCUACCUAGUGCGUAUAGAACAUGUACUAAGGUCAAGGGCAAGAUGAUCCUUAUGGACAGCAUCAGUGCAGCAGAGGCAGCCAAGCUGUCGUCUGUGUUUGAAGAGUUUCAAACUGUUGUCCAGUACAUUACUGGUGCAUAUAUGGAUGUGAGCACAAACAUCGCUGAGGACCCUGAACAAACUGAAAAGUACUACGACAAGACCUGUCCAGCAUUACUUAACCUGUGGUCAGCAUGUGUCCGGCUCACUGUGGACUGUAUCAUCACGCUCAAACAGCACUGGGGAGAGACAGAUGAGUACAUGGAUCUGUCCAGAACAAUAUCAUCUACGUGCGCCACGUGUGUCAAAAUGGUCACAGUCAUAUAUGACGUCAUUAAACUUCCGGUUCCUGAUGCACAGAGGGAUGCUUUCCUGGAAUGUUCGGUGGACAAAUCUACUGACGUAUGUUCAGCACUGUCUAAACUCCUAGACGCCGCGAAACCGAAUGAAGAAGGACCGACAGACGCCAUGAUGGAGAUGAUCACGUGGUCUCUGUUCAGCUUAAAUCACGUUUCAUGUUUUGUGAUUAAGCCUCUCUUAGCGAAUGGUCAUGCCGAAUCAAACUGGUUCAAACGAUAUAGUGGAACUCUAAACAAAAUGUUUGAUAAGCUCCAGUCUGUCACUGAUGAGUCUUUUACAGGCGUGGAUUCGCAGGCGCGCAAGGAGAGUCCCCCUCCUCCACAAGCAGAAUCAGAACCGGAACCGGAAGUGAAAGGAGAAGCCAAAGGACAGGAAAACAAGAAUGAAGCUGAUACAAAAGGGGUUAAAAAGGGAGAUGUGAAAGGAAAAGGGGUUGCAGAGGCUCAAGAGGAAGAACCGGAACCGGAAGUACCAGCGCCACAACAACAAACACCCGAAGUUCUCACCACACUUGAUCAGCAGUACGCCAAAUUUUCAGAAGAAGUCAUAAGUACGGGCAAGGUGACGGUAUGUCUCGAGGACCCAUCCGACCAGAAUGUGCGAAUCUUCUACCGACCGGAAGUGCAUAAAGCGCUCGGUAAAUGCCGCUUUGGAGCAUGCGAUAUGAAGGACAGGGUCCAGUGGCUGGAAGAGAUUGACCUCUCACCGGACCAGAGACUAGUCUCCGAUAUAUACGUCAUAAAAGAUGGAAUUUUAAAGACGGCGACAGCUGUCGAGGUGGAGGUGACAGCCGUUCCCCCUCAGGGAUCUGCAAGUCGAAUCAUUGUCAAGGUGAAACAGGGAGGAUCAUGGUCUAUAUUAGAAGAUUUUGAUAGGGAAGUCCUACCCGAACAUGUACAAAUUUCUUUUAAGACAAACGAGUUAGAGGCGCUGUACGCUUACAUGGAGGAACAGUCCGACGAGGAAGAAAUUGUCCCAGAAGGAUGCACUUUUAAGUCUCCCACAAACCCUAAGGUGUUUAUCAACUUCCCGCAUGGUGCUGUCGAGGAACCUACCAAGGUCUUGGUGAAGUUUGUAAGUGUAGAGAACGAUACAGACGAGAGACCAACCUCUAAAGACAAAUCCUCGGACAGUAUAAUAGGAAUACUGGCAGUUUCGGAUACCGUGGAGAUCUCCGCAAAGGACCCAUCCGUGGACAUCCAGAAAAAUAUCCUUGUACAACUGACCAUCGAUGGCGAUGAUAGCGAGGACGGAAAGGACACGCACCUAGUGGUCAUCCGGUACCGUGGUGACCAGGUCCAAGUGAUGGACAAAUCUCAGUGUCACAUCACAAAGGUGGAGAGUGGUGUCUACAGUGUUCAGACCCGAGGACUUUGGUGCAUUGCAAUAGCCAGAAUAAAGAAAAUAUUCCUGAAUAUGAGGGACACUGUAAAGAAAGAAUUCCUCGUGAUGUUCGGGAAGGUCAAACUUUGUAACAUCUGUACCUUCAUAGACAAUACACUUCGUGACAGGGAACGCGGACUAACAACAUUCUGGAUAGAAAUUAUCGAAAAGGUCAAAGUACCGGAAGCUACGUCAGAACACGCUCAGCAAAAUCUCAUAGAGGUCAAAUCAAGCAGGUCAAAAGAUCUCAUUAUCAGACAGAAUGAAACUUUGAACAUUCAGUUGGAUGGGCAAAUAAGAGUUAUUGGAUCUCCACUUACAGAUAAAUAUACUCUAACCUAUCUGGAAAACACUGACAACCAUUUACAAGUUCCUCUGGAGAUCAAGAGAGACCAGGACAAACCACCAAAUGCUGUAUUUACAUUCAAAGACUCUACAUCCGGGCAAACGUGUCACACAGUUUCUGUCCCCAUCCGGGACCUGACGGAGCUUGCUACAGACGAGAUCACAUCCCGCCCUCCGACCAAGUACCAUGACAAGAGCAACUCCGGGGAGCAACUGAAACACAGAGACGAAGCCGCAAAGAAUGUUCUGUCCCAUAGUAGCUUGAUGUGUCUGGCACGUGCUAUUUCCAACACAGACUGCAAGCGCCUAGGUACUCAGAUGGGGGUACCGACGGAAACGAUGCAGAAGCUUUGGGAGACUUGCGAAAGAGAGGCAACAAAUACCAACUUCCGGAUCCUGUGCGAGUGGCGAGGAAAAUCGGUCCGGUCUUCGAUGGUAGAUUUUCUCCUUAACUCGCUUCGGACGAUCGGACUGUGCAGUCAGGCUGCGGUGAUAGAAAAGGUUUCUAAACUUGGAAGGGGCAUUCUGCAAGAGGAUUUCAGCAGCUAGUUUACAUAAUAAUCUGUUGGAUGGUGUUCAACUCCCUCUAAUAGUUUGAUUGAAAAGGAUAUUUCGAAAAGAUGAGGAUAUACUUAACGAAUUUUUAUGAGUAUCAAUGUAUACAAAUGUAAUAAUGCUAAUUGCACAAUUGUAAAUGUUGUAGGCAGAGUGAUGGUGAGUUAUCUUUAAAGCAAUAUAGUCAGAAGCACUUUUUCUUCUACUAAAUCAAAUUGCUGGUUUUCGAUCCCGUGAACUCGUAUAUUGCAAAUAUAUUGUUAAAGUGAAUACUGAUGUGCGUUCGUGGAUGCUUAUUCACGAAAUCUAAAGGUUUGCUCAAUGACAGUUAUAUCUUAACCACUUAUUUCAUUGGUUGGACAGAAAUGAUAUUGGUGUACCAGAUACCACGUUUGAGUGGUAUCGUACUGUAAAACCAUGGGAGUGUAAUUUUGCAUUCGUUAUUUUUGAUAAUGACUUGUUUUUGUAUGUUUAAAUGUAAACAAAUGUGUCUAAUUGUGACAUGUUUUUCUCUAAAUAUAAAAUGUACUUCUUUACAAAAGAAUUUCCGUCAUGGCACUGUGUUGUAUCUUUGAACAAGAUAUUUCAUCCCGCUUGUUCCAGUCUACUCAGCUGUAAAUGAGUACGAAGUUGGAAAGUGCUGGGAUAUUGUUGAAUGCUAGCUGUGAGCGCCUAAAUGGCAGCACAUGCUGUAUGCUCCCCAGGGAGUUGAGAGAAAGAACC